AGCACACGUCUCCUACCGUCAACGUAAUUUAAACUACCUACAACAGUUUGUUAGCAAAGAAAAAUGACCAAGCGUAGUGCAGACGAAAAAAUCUCACACUAUAGGAGAAAAUUACGGAAAUUGGAAGAAAAGCAGAAGUCAUCUCGUCCAAGACGAAUAAUAUUUUCGGAUUCAGAAUCAUCAGACUCCGAAAAAAGUCACAAUGACACCGAGCCGGAGAUCAUUGUGGAAAGACCUCAAGCGGACCCUCCAAAUACUCAUCCGGCCGAGGAAAGCGUCCCGCCGCUGGGAGAGGGUGCAGGGCCCAACGAAAGCGAAACCACUGAGGGCGACGCCGCUGCCCCGGAGCUUGAUCCCGAGGUGUUACUGGCGCUCGGCGCCAAGACAGAAGACGGCCCCGAGUACGGGGACAAUAUUCAUGCAAAUUUGGCACAGCUCUGGACCCCUUUGUUAAAAAAGGGCCUCUCUAAGGAGGAUAAGGAAAAAUUAUUAAAAGAAUAUUUGGUGCCUCAAAAUUGUACAUUAUUGCAAGCACCCAAGCUCAAUCCGGAGAUAUCUGCAGCGAUAACUGAGAGCAGCCGAAAUCGGGACAAGAAAGUGCUCAGUGCACAGCAACAGCUAGGCGCGGGUGUAACCGCAGUCAACAGAGCAAUGGAUUUGAUUUUGAGCAGCGAAAACGACAUCAAACUAAAGACUAUUAAAUAUCUUAGCGACGCAUGUCGCAUCCUUUGCGACCUGCACUAUACAGAAACACAAACUCGCAUUAAGCUCAUCACCCCAAGUUUAGACAAAAGCUUUGUGAAUGUCGUUCAAGAUUCACGUCGUGAUGAGACCCUGUUCGGAAACAAAUUGUCCGAAAAAAUAAAAGCCUCGAAGACUAUAGAAAAGCAAGGUUUUCAAAUUAAGAAGACUACACCAAACCCUGCAUCUUCGGCGUCUACAUCUUCCCGUCCGGCUCCACCACGGGGAAACUGGUCAGCGCCUCCCCGCUACCCGAAGGGCGGCCGGGGAGGAGCCAAGAAAAAUCCGGCGCCAAGGAAGCCGUCGUCAUCAGCUCCCGCGACUGCGGCCAAGGCCACCAGCAAGCCGCAGACACGCGGACAGACACGGCAACAGUAG